AUGACUUUUACAUCGAUUGUCUCAUUUGGGCUCUUCCUAGCGUUGUGGGCCGUGCGCAUUGACGCCCGUAGGACGACUGUCAAUGUCACAGUUCUUGACACGGAUCCAUCUAUCUCAUACUUACCAGCAAUUUCCAAAACUUCUGGGUCGUUCAGGCGGUCCCCGAUAGAGAGAGAGCCAUGGAAGAUUGGGAGCUAUCCGAACAAGCCCGGGACUCGUAACUCAUCGUUCCAUUAUUAUAUCCAUCGGAGCAGCGACACAGGCUCGGAGGCGAGAGAAAUACGCUUCCAUUUCAAAGGUAGCGCUGUGUGGGUUUAUGGCGCUCCAUUGGAUCAACUUGGAGGCUACCCAUUAGCGCCGCAAGAAAUUUGUUAUGAAAAUCUAAUUUGCUCGAAAAUAGAUAUUAGCGCCAUCUAUAAGAAUGUAGAAAAGCAAUCUACUCCUCUAUUAUGGUCUAUGGAUAACCUGGACACUUCUAUUUACCAUCAUGUUGUGCUUCGCAUGGUUGAUGACUCCAAAGCCGAGGACCGCGUCGUAAUGUCUCUCAGUAGAAUUGAGUAUACUGUGCCUCAGGAGAGCAUCAAGCCGCAUGCGUUCACUUCCAUUCAGAGCCCAAGUUUGGCAAUUAGGGCGGAUCACCCAUCCAUUCGAUACCGACCCUCUAAGAAGUGCCUAAACCGUGGAUGGUUCUUUGGGUGCCGAAAGAGACACAUCCCCUGGAAACUCGUAAAGUCCAUGACACUGGUGGGUCAAGGGGGAAAGCAUCUUCGGACUCAGGAGUUUGCCUUCAUGCAAGGCCUCACCACCACUGGUUCGAGAUCCCGGAAGCGGAUUGUCCGGGCGUCUUUCGCCUUUAAAGGGUCUGCCGUUUACCUUUACGGAGCGCCGCGAUCCCGUAUCACAUUCCCUCAUGUCGAUCAGGAAAUCUGCUUGGAUGGCUCUUGCGAAUCACUAGAUGCCUACCAAACAUAUCUCAACUUAGAUAUGACCAGGUUGGAAAGCAACUCAAGCUGGAGAGUCUCCGCAUCGCAAAACCCUUCCGUGGCUCUAACUCCAUUAGAUCCUGAAGAUAGGUCCGUUCUAUUGUGGUUCGCGGAAGGUCUCAAACCGACCAAGAAACACGCACUUGUAUACAAAGCGGUGAAACCAAACCCGGAGUUGGUUGUGGAAAAAGGCAUGAAUCUAGACCAUAUCAUCUACACACCGCAUGUCGCUGAUAAUGUGCCGUGA